AUGUCGACAGACCAGAAAUCGGAGGAUAAGAUCAAUCAGGAUAUCUCUCUCCGUAACAACAACAUAGAUGAAGAGCAAAAUGAGAUCUCAAAAGAUCUUCCAGCCUACCAAAAUGAUCCUUUCGGAGAUGAAGAAUUUUCAGAUGUCAAGUAUAAGGUCAUGACGUGGUGGCAAUGUGGAAUGAUUAUGAUUGCCGAGACGAUAUCUCUUGGAAUUCUCUCCCUACCCUCCGCGGUCGCAGCGCUGGGUAUUGUCCCUGCUAUAGUUAUUAUAAUAAGUCUCGGCCUCCUUGCCACAUACACCGGAUAUGUAAUCGGCCAGUUUAAGAUGAGAUAUCCUCAUGUCCACAACAUGGCGGAUGCCGGAGAGGUCCUCAUGGGCCCUAUCGGGCGAGAAAUCCUGGGAGCUGCUCAGUUACUCUUCUUGGUCUUCAUUAUGGGAAGUCAUAUCCUAACCUUCAUCGUCAUGAUGAACACCCUCACCGAUCAUGGAACAUGCAGCAUUGUCUUCGGAGUUGCCGGGAUGAUCCUUUCUUUACUCCUUGCGCUUCCACGAACCUUGAAGAACGUUUCUUGGCUGUCGAUAUCAUCUUUCAUCAGUAUCCUGGCGGCCGUGUUCGUCACUAUGAUUGGAAUCGCUAUUCAGCAUCCUGGAAAGGCAGUUGAAAUAACCGUCAAGAGCGAUCUUUACCACGCCUUUUUGGCCGUCAGCAACAUUGUUUUCGCAUAUGCUGGUCAUGUGGCAUUCUUCGGGUUCAUUUCUGAGUUGAAGGAGCCUGCUGGCUACCCCAAGGCCCUUUACCUCCUUCAGGGAAGCAAUACGACCCUAUACACUGUCAGUGCUAUUGUUAUCUAUAUUUACGGCGGAAAGGAUGUUGCCUCCCCCGCCCUCGGCUCUACGGGACCAAUCCUACGAAAAGUUGCAUAUGGAGUCGCUAUGCCAACAAUUGUCAUUGCUGGUGUGAUCAACGGUCACGUCGCUAGCAAGUAUCUUUACGUCCGUAUCUUCCGUGGAACCAACAAGAUGUCACAGCGGACUUUCCUCUCCCUUGGUACCUGGGUCGCUAUUACCGUUGUUCUCUGGGUUAUCGCCUGGAUCAUUGCCGAAGCUAUCCCUGUCUUCAACAACCUUCUCAGUUUGAUCACUGCUCUUUUCGCCAGUUGGUUCACUUAUGGUCUUAGCGGCUUGUUCUGGCUAUUCAUCAACAAGGGCAAAUACUUCUCCUCGCCACGCAAAAUCUUCCUCACUUUCCUCAACUCCUUUGUUUUCGUCGCUGGUGCGACAAUUUGCGGACUUGGUCUAUAUGUGUCCGGCAAAGCGCUUCAUGAUAGCCCGGCCGGAGCCAGUUUCUCAUGUGCAAGCAACGUUGAAUAUUAG